AUGGCCUCUAACGCCCCAAUAAACGGAGUGAAAAUUUCUCCCAUCGACGAUCCUCAGAAGAUCGUCAAGGUCGUCGCCUCGGAUGGCAAAUCAGCCGACACGAGGGACAUCUCUUACUCUAACUGCAAGGUGAUCGGCAACGGCUCCUUCGGUGUCGUAUUUCAGGCCAAAAUCGUUGGGUCUGCGAAUGAUGGAGAGGAUAUUGCAAUCAAGAAGGUUUUGCAAGACAAGCGGUUCAAGAACCGCGAGCUUCAGAUCAUGAGGCUCGUCACUCACCCGAAUGUCGUCGAUCUCAAAGCCUUCUUCUAUUCUAACGGUGAUAACAAGAAAGACGAAGUGUAUCUUAACUUGAUGUUAGAAUAUGUCCCCGAAACCGUCUACCGCGCAAGUCGCCACUAUGCCAAACUCAAACAGCCCAUGCCCAUGCUUCAAAUCAAACUGUAUAUGUACCAACUCCUCCGGUCUCUCGCCUACAUCCACUCCGUUGGUAUCUGCCACCGAGAUAUUAAACCUCAGAAUCUAUUGCUGAACCCAGCGACGGGCGUCUUGAAACUCUGUGACUUUGGUUCGGCGAAGAUCUUGGUUGCCGGUGAACCCAACGUUAGCUACAUCUGUUCGAGAUAUUAUCGGGCACCCGAAUUGAUUUUUGGUGCCACUAACUACACUACUUAUAUCGAUGUCUGGUCGACGGGUUGUGUCAUGGCUGAGCUGAUGCUCGGACAGCCCCUGUUCCCUGGCGAGAGCGGCAUCGAUCAGUUGGUGGAGAUCAUCAAGGUUUUGGGUACCCCGUCUCGGGAGCAGAUCAAGACGAUGAACCCGAACUAUAUGGAGCACAAGUUCCCGCAAAUCAAACCUCAUCCCUUCUCCAAGGCGAGUAACUAUCUUGUUUUCCGGCCGCGCACUGCGCCAGAAGCCAUUGAUUUGGUUUCGAAGCUGUUGGAGUACACGCCUGGCGCUCGCCUGAGUGCAGUUGAGGCGAUGGUACAUCCGCUCUUUGACGAGCUGCGGGUAGAAGGAGCGAGGAUGCCGAACGGGAAAGACUUCCCGCCUCUGUUUGACUUUACGCGAGAGGAGCUAUCCGUGCGGCCCGACCUGCUCCGGCAACUUGUACCGCUGCACUGCGAAGGAGAGCUGCGCUCUCGAGGAAUUGACGUGGACAAUUUUGUACCGAUACCUUUGGAACAGCUGAAGAUCACACUCGACUAG